GCCUCUGCUAUGUUAAGCAGAUAGCAUCGCAUAGAAAGAAGAGAUUGUGUUCGUUCGGUGCCUCUUUUGUUUUUUUAAGCAAGAAACAACGGUUUGCUCAGCAUAAAAUUGGGACAAUUCAGAGGGUGAAAUGGACAAGAUGAGUUUUUGGUAAAAUUCAAAGUUUGUGACUGUCAUGUCCUGGGACUGUGGAUUUAAAUAUCUUUUUCCUUUUCCACCAACAUUGAAGGCGGGAGUUAUGUGCAAGCUUCAAGAACGAGAAGAUAUUGGGCACAUCGAACUUGUCCAGAAAUUUGCAAAAGAAAAUUCUCAUGUUUCACAGGCAAACAAAAGAGAACCAGGGAAUACAGAUCAGCCGGAUGAUGAAGCGACCACUGUUCGAGUGAAGGAACUGGACCAAGAUGUGCUGGUGCUUAGGAGAGUGUUGUCACAAAGCCCAACCCCCACAUCUGGGAGUGCCGAGAAUGAUUGGAGAUAUGUUGUGGUGUCAGGGACACCAGAGAAGAUUUUGGAGCAUCUCCUGAAUGACUUGCACCUGGAAGAAGUACAGGACAAAGACACAGAAACUCUUCUGGAUGACUUCCUCCUUACAUACACAGUCUUCAUGACAACAGAUGACUUGUGUCAAGCUCUGCUGAGACAUUAUUGUGCUAAGAACCAUCAGGACAAGGAAAGAAUUGUUGAUAUUCCCUGUAGAAAGAGAAAAGUCUUGCAUUUGGUGUCACAGUGGACUUCACUCUACAAAGACUGGUUGCAUGAAGAUGAGCAUUUGAAGCAGUUUCUUAAGACAAUAUAUAGAAAUGUGUUAGACGAUGUGUAUGAAUACCCUAUAUUGGAGAAAGACCUGAAAGAGUUUCAGAAAUUACUCGGAAUGCAUCGUCGUCACACAGUAGAUGAAUAUUCACCUCACAGAAAGCAUAAAGCCAUUUUACAUCAAUAUAGCCUAAAGCAGAACUGGCUUCAGACCAGAGAAUCUGUGAAUGAAACAGAAGAAGUUUUUUGCCACGUGUAUAUAACACAACAUUCUUACAUCAGUGUAAAAACUAAAUUAUCCAGUUCAGUUCAAGAGAUUUUGAAAAUUGUAGCAGAGAAGCUCCAACAUUCUCAGGAAGAUCUGGCUCUAGUGGCUCUUUCAUUCUCUGAUGAAAAACAUGAACUACGACCAUAUGAUCUAGCAAUCUCCAAAUCUCUUGAGUUAUCUGCUCGUAUGUUUGUAUUUCGAAGGGAUCUUACAGAUACUUUGAUCCCUUUUACUGAAAAUGAGGAAAUCCAACAACGAUCGGUGAAAAUUCUGGGGAUUAACACCUGGGACCUUGCUUUAGAAUUGACAGUUUUUGACUGGAAUCUUUUCAAUUUGGUUCAUGAACAAGAACUGAUAUAUUUCACCUUCAGCCGACAAGGCAAUGGGAAAAACACCGUGAAUCUUAGUCUUCUGCUUCAAAGAUGCAAUGAAGUUCAACUUUGGGUUGCCACAGAAAUACUACUCUGCAACCAGCUUUGUAAACGUGUACAACUAGUGAAAAAGUUCAUUAAAAUUGCUGCUCACUGCAAAGCCCAGCGAAAUCUGAAUUCAUUUUUUGCCAUUGUCAUGGGGCUCAACACUGCAUCUAUCAGCCGGCUUUCUCAGACAUGGGAGAGAAUGCCUGGAAAGUUUAAGAAGCUCUUUGCUGAACUUGAAAGUUUGACAGAUCCCUCUCUGAACCAUAAAGCCUAUAGAGAUGCAUUCAAGAAAAUGAAGUCCCCAAAGAUCCCUUUCAUGCCUUUACUCCUUAAAGAUGUAACAUUUAUACAUGAAGGAAAUAAAACAUUUCUGGAUAACCUUGUAAAUUUUGAAAAGCUGCACAUGAUUGCUGACACAGUCCGAUCAUUGAGGCAUUGUAGGCGUAACCAAUUUGGAAAUGAUAUACCCUCGAAAGAGCAUGAGGAGCUGAAGUCCUAUGUCCAUCAUUUGCAUAUCAUUGACAACCAACAGAUGUUAUUUGAGCUUUCUCACAGGAUAGAACCUCGUAUAUGAAUUCAUACUUACAUAAUUCCAGCACUUUCAGUUCAGUGAAUAUUUAUGUGCCAAGCAUUAUGUUUUCCUAAGAAAUUGGUGAUUACUGAGUUUUAUCAGUAAUUGGUGCCACAGUACGCGUUGGCCUCUCAUGCAAAGCAAGAGGAAACGAUCUUCACAACAACCUUACAAGAAGGAAAAUGCCAAAUCUACUUAGCUACAAAAUGAAGAAAUGAUUCGCCAUAUUAAAAAGCUCAUUUUUCUUGAAUUAUUUUGUUCAAAAUAGCUUUCAGUCCCAACUCAGUGUUAAAUUGAAAUAAGACCUUAUAAGGUCUAGCAGCACUGUUUUGAGAAAGGUGUUCAUAAUUUGGCACAUGGGGAUAUACCUCACUAAUCAUAAGCUGUCCUAAAAUGUUGACUGUGGUGCCAAAAAAAAAAAAAAA